AUGGCCCCGACGACACUCAGGGCCAACAAGGCUUCCAAGUCCAAGGCAAAUACAGCAGGCGCAGGCGCCUCUUCUUCUUCUCCUAGUCCGCACAGGACAACAACCACCACAACAACAUCAUUCACUACGACAACGACGCACUCAUCAACUUCACCAGCGACGACGCCUGAGGCACCCAAGCUGAAGAACUUGGCAGUGUACCGGUACGCGACCUGGUUGGAGGAGAACCAGCUCAAGAAGACUGCCGUCUGGAUCGCCGUUGCCGCCGCCGUCCUCGUCCGCUGGACCGUCGGUCUUGGACCCUACUCUGGCCAGGGAGUGUCACCACGGUUUGGAGACUAUGAGGCGCAGAGACAUUGGAUGGAGCUGACGAUCCAUCGACCAAUCCGGGAAUGGUACUCUGACAAGUCCAAGUGGUGGGACCUCGACUACCCACCCCUCACCGCCUACGUUUCCUGGAUCUGUGGCUUCCUUGGCGCAAAGAUAAACCCUGAAUGGUUCGCAUGGGAGACUUCCCGCGGGUACGAAUCCACCGAUGCUAAACUCUACAUGCGCUCAACAGUCUUAGUCUUUGAGCUCUUGAUCUACAUCUCCUCAAUCGUCGUAUUCACGCAACGCUGGUUCGCCCACAAACCCUGGACACGUCAACACACCGCCCUCCUACUGAUUCUCCUUCAACCAGGCGUUAUCCUCAUCGACUCUGGCCACUUCCAGUACAACACUGUCAUGCUUGGAUUGGUGGUUUGGGCGGUGAACUUCUUUUUGGGAGAUCAGGAUGUCUUGGGCAGUGUGGCAUUCUGUUUGGCACUUGGGUUUAAGCAGAUGGCACUCUACUUCUCCCCUGCUGUCUUUGCCUACUUGCUGGGCAAGUCCUUCCGCCAAGGCUUCUUUGGCUGCAUUUGGAAGUUGAUCAAGUUGGGAGUGGCGGUCAUUCUGACUCUUGGACUACUGUUCUCGCCAUGGAUGGAGUCAAAGGAGGAGAUUCUGCAGGUGGUGCAAAGGAUCUUCCCAGUCUUCCGCGGACUCUACCAGGAUAAGGUUGCGAAUAUCUGGUGUGCCGUCAACAUUGUCAUCAAGCUCCGUGAGCGCUUCGCCAUCCAGGACCUCAUUCGCUUCAGCACGUUGGCGACGCUGUUGUCGUUCUUGCCCUCGCUUGUCCACUUGAUUGCAAAACCAACAAAGCGCGGUCUGAUCUACGGCUUGAUUAAUUCAUCCCUGUCGUUCUUCCUCCUCUCCUUCCAAGUCCACGAGAAGUCGAUCCUCCUACCUGCUCUUCCAAUCACCCUCCUCAUCUUGGACGAGCCAGCCUUGGCCGCCUUGUUCAACACCUUGGCCACAUUUAGCAUGUUCCCGCUCCUGAGACAAGAGGAACUGACGAUGCAGUAUUAUGUCCUUUUGGGAUUCUGGGUCUGGAUAACCACCGGAACCUUUAACAACGUUUCCACCCUCCUCAAGUUCCUCUCCGCCUUGAACUUGCUGGUGAUUGUGUCGAUGCAUUUGGGAGAGAUGUUUGUGGCUCCUCCAGCACGGUACCCGGACCUGUACGCGGUCCUGAACUCGCUCUGGAGUGCAGCAGGGUUUGUCUUGUACUGGGCCUACUUCAACUACCGCCAGUUCACUCUGGUCAACACCCCCAAGAUGGGCUUCCGCGUUACAAAGUCCAAGACACACAAACUUGCCUAG